GUCACAUCCGUCGUCACAUCCGUCGUAAACAGAAAUACGGUCUAGGAAGUAUUCGGUCAGUGCAAUGGAGGGCUCCAAGUCCUCGAGCACCACCAUGCAGGUCAGCUUUGUGUGUCAACGUUGUAGUCAACCUCUAAAACUGGACACAUCAUUUAAUGUGCUCGAUCGUGUUACCAUUCAGGAACUCAUUGCUCCAUUGGUCACUGUUACACCAAGCAAACAGACUGAAAACCAUGAAGGGGAGAGUGCACCAGAGGAGACCUUUGUGGAAACAAAGCAGGAUGGUGUAGCAAGAAAAUACAUACCUCCUGCAAGAAUGAUGUCCACAGAAAGUGCCAAUAGCUUCACUCUGAUUGGAGAAGCAUCUGAUGGAGGCACUAUGGAAAACCUGAGUCGCAGGCUGAAGGUGACAAGUGACCUGUUUGACAUCAUGUCAGGGCAGACAGAUGUAGACCACCCACUGUGUGAGGAGUGUACAGACACCUUGCUCGAUCAUCUGGACACACAGCUCAACAUCACAGAAAAUGAGUGUCAGAACUAUAAGAACUGUCUGGAGCUGCUGUCCCACCUGCAGGUGGAGGAAGAGGAGACCCUGCUGAAGGAGCUGCAGCGGCUCCGGGAGGAGGAGGAGUCUCUGGUUCAGGAGCUGGAGACGGUGGAGGAGCAGCGGGCUGCCGUGGCUGCAGACCUGGCUCAGGGGCGGAGCCUCUCCCAGCAGCUAGACACAGAGGAGCUGCAGCACCAGAAGGAGUAUAGCGAGUUUAAGCGGCAACAGUUGGAGCUGGAUGAUGAGCUGAAGAGUGUGGAUAACCAAAUGAGAUACUGCCAGAUCCAACUAGAUCGCUUGAAAAAGACCAAUGUCUUCAAUGCUACCUUCCAUAUCUGGCACAGCGGUCAGUUUGGAACCAUCAACAACUUCCGCCUGGGCCGGCUACCCAGUGUCCCCGUGGAGUGGAACGAGAUCAACGCUGCCUGGGGUCAAACUGUUCUGCUGCUACAUGCCCUCGCCAACAAGAUGGGCCUACGCUUCCAGAGAUACCGCCUGGUUCCAUACGGAAAUCACUCCUACCUGGAGUCACUAACAGACAAAGCCAAGGAGCUCCCACUUUACUGCUCGGGGGGUCUGCGGUUCUUCUGGGACAACAAGUUUGACCAUGCCAUGGUAGCCUUCCUAGACUGUGUGCAGCAGUUUAAAGAGGAGGUGGAGAAGGGAGACACAGGAUUCUGCCUCCCUUAUAGGAUGGACGUUGAGAAGGGGAAGAUCGAGGACACUGGAGGCAGCGGGGGCUCAUACUCAAUCAAGACCCAGUUCAACUCAGAGGAACAGUGGACCAAGGCACUGAAGUUCAUGCUGACAAACCUCAAGUGGGGACUGGCCUGGGUCUCCUCCCAGUUCUACAACCGAUAAGAUGAAGAAGCGCCAGUUGACAAAGAGGAAAUAUAUUUUCUGAAUGUGACUUUUCAGAAAAUGUCCGUCUUGUCUCCCGUUCACUUAUCUGGGGCCUGCUCCUAUUCCAGUAUCCUCUGGCAUCCAGUGACAUGCCUCAAUAAUUAUGAACCCCUAAUUAUUGAAUUAACUGGAUAGGUCUACAAUGUUUUACCCAAACCUAAUUGAGUCCUGUGAGACUUUAGGGACACAAUCCAGAGUUGAAUCUUCUCUCGUAGCGAGUGGAUCCCAAUCCUAUCUACAUCAUUGUGCUCCUGAAUUGCACUGGCAAUGGUAAAAGAUCUGUAUUUGAGUGUCACAUUGCAAGGAUCGCAGAUGAGCAAGAGUGAGCCAGUUUAAAUUAUUUGAAUGUGUUUCUUAUUAGUCAUGGCUUUUGGUGGCUAAACGGCUAAACCUAAAAGAUUUUGUGCACGGGUGAACUUAAAUUUGUCUUCGUUUGGACGCUGUCAGAAGAAAUUUUAACAUUUGUUAGAUGUGUUACAUCUUUCAUAUCAAACUUGCAGAGUGCACUGAGUGUUAGGACCUAAUGUGAUUUGGUGAAAUUGGCACUUUCAUUUAGUCAACUUUUAUUCUUUUGCUACUACUCUUCUGUGUGUCUGGUGAUAAGGAGCCCAAGGCAAUAUAUGCCUCUAUCACUGUGUGAUGCAUUGUAUGGUUCUAUCCCUACACAAAUAAUGUCAUGAACCUACACCUACUUAUUCUAAAUACAAAAUUGCAUCCUUGUGCCACAGCAAGCUAAAGCAAAUAGCAAUAAGGAAUGUGAUACUAUCAGUAUGUCAUUUUGCUAUCCAUAUAUUUAGCAUGUUUCUUAUGCAUUAUCUUGCCAUUGCACUGACCCUGUAGUAAGAAGCAUUAGUGUUAUUACAUGGAAGUAAACUAUUUUAGACCAUAAUUGGGUUUCUGAUACCUCAUUGGCAUUCUUCAUUGAGUUAUGGUGUGCAUAUUCCAAUAUUACGACAAAAGUAAUUCAAGUUUCUCUUCCUGCAGAAUAUUCUGUUUGAGAGAGAAUUCAGGUUCCACACUACUGUUAUAAUGUUGCAAGUAUUUCGUCUUUGUACAAUUUCAAUUCUAACACUGCAUGAUUUGCAAUAAAUUCCUUUUAAUUUA